ACUACAAACCGCCAUCAACCGAAGAAGAAGACGAGCAGUUUUAUUUUUUCCCUUUUAGGACAGCUGAUCUUUUUAAUCUAUUUACUCAUCUUUUUUUUGUCAACCUGCUUCUAAUCUACAAACGUAUAAAUAUGUAAAGAAAGAAACUGCAGUGAGAUCUUUUAGAAAUGGAAGCAGAAGAAGGCAGAACAGGUUGUCAUGUUCGUGCACAGCUUUGCAAAGAUGUGCAGACAGAAAGGUGUCCAGAUUCAAAAGAAGGGAUAUCAGGCUCUCUGGGAGACAUCACCACUGUCGCUGAACAGGACGAAGGAUUACUGAAGAUUAUAAAAGUGGAAAAAUCUGAAGAUGAAGGUUACAUCGGUCAAGGGACAUCAAACUCUUUGGAGCUCGGUACCAUGGAAGAAGAACAGAUAAGACAUGUUAAAGAAGAGCCUGAAAAUGAUGAUGAAUACCUCUACUGUGAGGAUUGCAAGUCGUUCUACAUCAACAAGUGCGAGCUUCAUGGUCCAGCUGUUUUCAUUCCUGAUACCCCUGUUCAAGUGGGGGUCGCCCAUCGAGCCAGAUUAACCCUUCCUUUUGGUCUGGAAGUCCAACUGUCUAAUAUUUCUGGCGCAGGCUUGGGUGUGUUUAAUAAGGGGAUGACCGUUCCGGUUGGUGUGCAUUUCGGGCCGUAUGAGGGAGAGAAGGUAGACGGUGAGGAAGCCGUGAACAGUGGCUACUCCUGGGUGAUAUACAGGAGCAGGCAGUGUAAUGAGUAUAUAGAUGCCAAGAAAGAGAUCCAUGCUAACUGGAUGAGGUAUGUCAAUUGUGCUCGUAACGGUGAAGAACAGAAUCUCGUGGCGUUCCAGUACAGAGGAGGGAUUCACUACCGUUGCUGUCAACCCAUCAAAUCAGGACAGGAGCUGUUGGUGUGGUACGGAGAGGAGUACCCCAGAGAUCAUGACCCUGAGUUCAACUGCCUCUGGAACAAAAAGUCCUCCAUAAACGAAACGACAGACGGCCUGGUGCAAAUCUUCUCCUGUUCCUUAUGUCAUCUUUCAUAUACAUCAAAAAUGUAUCUCCAGAAACACAUCAGACGGAGCCACUGUAAGGAGGAUCUGAUGGAUUUGCCCACAGGAAGCUCUCCAGUUCAGCAGACACAUUCUGGCACUCUCUGUACUUUUCCUGGACAAGAUCAAGAAGUCGCCAGUCACUGCGGGAAGAGUUUUACACACUCGAGUGAUUUCCAAACGCACCGAUGCGUCAACACAGAAGAAAACCUGUAUAAUAGCUCACGGUGUGGAGAGAGUUUGACUCACCAGACCGAUCACCAGCACGUUCAUGUAGAAGAGAAACUCUACCGAUGUUCAGAGUGUGAGAAGAGUUUUGCUUUCCUUAGAACCCUACAAAUCCACCAGCUCGUUCACACCGGAGAGCAGCCGUACCCUUGCUCGCAGUGCGGAAAGAGGUUUAGACGACAGGGCAACCUCCAAACGCACCAGCGCAUUCACACGGGAGUAAAACCCUAUCACUGUUCACAGUGUAAGAAGAGUUUCAGACGGAAAAGCCAUCUGAAAACCCACCAGCGCAUUCACACCGGAGAGAAGCCGUUUCGCUGCUCGCAAUGCGGCAAGACUUUCGCACACCAGAGUUCUCUCCAAAGACACCCGUGCAUUCACGAAAGAGAAAGGCCGUACCAUUGUACACAGUGCGGGAAGAGUUUUACUCAACAGAACCACCUCGAGACACACGAGCGCAUUCACACCGGAGAAAAGCCGUACGGCUGUUUACAAUGCGGGAAGAGUUUUACGCGUCACAGUAAUCUCCAAGCACACGAGCGUAUUCACACCGGAGAAAAGCCGUACCACUGCUCGCAGUGUGGCAAAAGGUUUACGCGACAAGGCAAUCUCCAGGCACACCAGCGCAUUCACACGGGAGACAAGCCGUUCAGCUGCUUGCAGUGCGGGAAGAGUUUUACACGACAGAAUCAUCUCCAAACGCACCAACUCAUUCACACAGGAGACAAGCUGUAUCCGUGCUCGGAGUGUGGGAAGAGUUUUACUUUUCAGCGCAAUCUGGAAAUACACCAGCGCACUCACACGGAAGAAAAGCCCUUUCGGUGCUUACAGUGCGGCAAGAGUUUUGCUCACCAGAGCAAUCUCCUAAGGCACCAACACAUUCACACCGGAGAGAAGCCGUUCCGUUGCUCGGACUGCGGCAAGAGUUUCACUUACCAAAGUAAUUUACAAAUACACCAACGCAUUCACACGGGAGAGAAGCCAUAUCACUGCUCGCAGUGCGGGAAGAGUUUCGCUCACCAUUGUGCUUUCCACGUGCACCAGCGUCUUCACACAGGAGAGAAGCCUUUCCACUGCUUACAGUGUGGAAAGAACUUUACUCACCAGAGUCACCUCCGGCAGCACCAGCUCAUUCACACCGGAGAGAAGCCGUACUGCUGCUCGGAGUGCGGGAAGAGUUUUAGACGACAGAGUAAUCUCUAUAUACACCAGCGCAUUCACACAGAAGAGAAGCCGCACUGCUGCUCGGAGUGCGGGAAAAGUUUUACCCGAAAGAGCACUCUGCAAACGCAUCAGCGCACUCACGGUGGGGAGAAGACUUAUAUGUGCUUACAAUGCGGGAAGAGUUUUCCUUACGAAAGUCAUCUCCAAGUACACAAACGUAUCCAUACCGGAGAGAAGCCGUAUCAUUGCUCGCAGUGCGGGAAGAACUUCGCUCACCAGAGUCAUCUUCAGGCUCACCAGCGCAUUCACGCCCAAGAGAAACCGCAUCACUGCUCACAUUGCGGGAAGAGUUUUAGUCGAAAAGGCACCCUGCAGCUACACCAGCGCAUUCACACGGGAGAAAAGCCGUUUCACUGCUUACAGUGCAGAAAGAGUUUCAGACGGCAGAGUCAUCUCCAGAUACACCAGCGCAUUCACACGGGAGAAAAGCCGUAUCACUGCUCGGAGUGCGGAAGGAGAUUCCCGCAUUCCAGUACGCUCAAGACGCACAAGUGUGUGAACGUUGAGCCGUCAGUAACCGUGCUUGUAUGAACAUCGUGACCAGAGAUGGCGAAUAUCACUCCGUGUUCCUUCUGGAUCUGCACCGGUUCUAGUAACCGGGAACCUACACAUUUAUCUCUUGCUCAUAGAACCACGGUUACAUAAGUUAUAUUUUUCAUAACUUUGUCUGAAAAGGUCAGAAAGUUCACGUGUAACUGUAGAAGAACAUCCAGACACCUUGUACAAUGGAAUUGUUCCACAGGGCCUGGAGAACCUCUGUGUUCACUGUGAGCUCAAUCAUUUGGUUAACUUAUAGAAUAUAACAGUCUCAUGUCAAUACAUCUUAUAGUCUGUGUCCGUGUCGGGGAUCUCUACUCUGAGCUCACCGUGAGACCAAGACCCUGGAUGGCCAUCUCAUGCAUGAUGCCUCUUUUUAUCAGAGGUUGACAGGGCAAGUGUUUAGGCUCUUGGUCAAUGGGGCAGCCAGGUACCUGCUAUGGACCUGAGAGUGGGAUUCUGUCUGUUUUAGGGCUUGUUUUAGUCCAACAUGAGAUACAGCAACAUGAAGACGUCACAUGGCAGGUUCUUUGUGGUAAAACUGUAACUGCUAACAAAUAUCUGGAACCUAAACUUGACAGCAGGCCAAAUGAGCAACACGGCAGGGUUCAGAGGGUUGACUUACUCCUGCACCAAGGCUGCGUGUUAACGAUUAAAAGGGUAGUAUAGUGACGAUAUUGAUGACGAUGCAUGUAGCCAUAUCGUACUACCAUGACAUGCUCAGUGGUUAACUGUGUGUGAUGAUGAGGAAGGACAAUGUGACCAUGCUAGCAGUACGUGUUUACAGGAUGCAGGUCAUGAGGCAGAAGCACAAAAAUACCUCCAGGAGAUUCUUAGAACUUUUGAAAAUAUGACCAGCGUCACGUCCGGACGGAGACGUUCCCCGUUUAUUAGCUUUCGUACAAAAUGUGACUCACUUUGCAGAGUGAAAAUAUUGUUCUUUAAUUCCAUUUACUAUUUUAAUAAUAUAUUAGAAUGAAUAAAUAAUAGUAAUAAAUAAAUAAUACGAUUAAUACAGAAGUAUUUUAAUUAUGAACGUUUAAUAUCUUUGGUAUAUCUAAAUGAACAAAACCACCCACAACCCCCCCACACACACACACACAACUGCUCCCCGGGCACCGCAGUAUAAAUGGCUGCCCACUGUUCCGGGUGUGUGUUCACAGUGUGUGUGUGUUCACUGCCGUGUGUGUGUUCACAGUGUGUGUGUUCACAGUGUGUGUGUGUGUGUGUGUGUGUGUGUGUGUGUUCACGGUGUUUGUAUGCACUUUGAAUGGGUUAAAUGCGGAGAACGAAUUCUGAGUGUGGGUCACUUAUGCGUAUGUCACGUCACUUUCAAAUACCACUUCCUGAGUGCUACUGUGUUUAAACUUACUCUAAGUUGGAUUAGGCCCAAAUACAUGCAUACACUGUUAUGUGUCUGAUCGUGUAAGUGUAUCGACGUCGUCUGUUAGCCACGGCGAGGAAUCGCACUCAGCUAAUCAGACUGAUUCAUCGCUUCAUGCACAUAAAGGUUAAAGUGUCACCGUUUUGCAGUACAACCUCUAGCAUUAUUCUUUACACACACACUCAGACCUACAGAUGUCAGUAUUCUACUUCUAUUCAGAAGAACACAUUUUGCUUUGUUUGGGUUUUG